AUGAAGCUUGAGGGGACUGUGUUAGAUGAAAGCCAGCCACCAAAGGGCAGUUACUGCCCUCACUUGUAUGAGGUAUACAAGGUAUCUAAAAUUGUGAUGCUGACCACCAUUCUCACCUUCUUCACUGACAUCAAGCUCCAAUUCCUGCUUGGAUUUACUUUUAGCAACCUGUCUGUAAUGUAUCUGGCUCAGAAUGAUGACAUACCAAACCUGGCUAAAAAACUUGAAGAAAUUAAAAAGGACUUUGAUGUUAAAAAGGAGCCCUGUAGUUCAUGA